GAGAGUCACGUGGGCGAGCCGUAGCUUUAGACAAGCGGCCAGCCUUGACACGUGACCCAGGCCCCAGCUUCGCGCAGGGAUGGAGCCGGAAGAGGGGACGCCCUUGUGGCGGCUGCAGAAGCUGCCGGCAGAGCUGGGCCCGCAGCUUCUUCACAAAAUAAUUGAUGGCAUUUGUGGUCGAGCUUAUCCUGUGUACCAAGAUUAUCACACUGUUUGGGAAUCAGAAGAAUGGAUGCACGUUUUAGAAGAUAUUGCCAAAUUUUUCAAAGCCGUAGUUGGUAAAAACUUACCUGAUGAAGAGAUAUUUCAGCAGUUGAAUCAGUUGAAUUCACUUCAUCAAGAAACUAUCAUGAAAUGCGUGAAAAGUAGGAAAGAUGAAAUCAAACAGGCUCUGUCAAGGGAAAUAGUUGCUAUUUCCUCUGCACAGCUACAGGAUUUUGAUUGGCAGGUAAAGCUUGCACUUUCCAGUGACAAGAUUGCUGCAUUACGAAUGCCACUUUUAAGCCUGCAUCUAGAUGUAAAAGAAAAUGGUGAAGUAAAACCAUAUUCUAUUGAAAUGAGUAGAGAGGAGCUGCAGAAUCUAAUACAUUCCUUGGAAGCAGCGAAUAAGGUGGUCCUGCAGUUGAAAUAACUGGAAAUGAUGAAUACCAGUCCUAUCAGAUUUUAUUGCUCCAACUUAUGUGGCAGAGUGAAUACUGUGUGUUCAGAAACGCUGUGAUGUCUUGACUGUUGCACCAGGCUGAGAAAGCAGCAAUGUUGAUAUUAUAAAGAUAAAAAUUUAUUUUAUCAACAUUCCUUAACGGGAAAUUACAUGGUUGAGAGGAAAUGCAUAAAAUGAAAGAUGAAAAGUCUAUAGUAGCAGUUUAUAUUUUCAUGAUUGUUUUGCCUCAUUUAUUAAAUAUUUGAGAAAUCUUUGGAGAUACAGUUUUAUUGAAAGCUAAAAAUAAGUUCUAAAGUAAUGUAAAAAUAUAAAGCACAAAUAUACUUGAAUAUUGCUUAAAGAAUUAUGUGAAUAGCAACAUAUAUUAUGGAUGAUAUAUACUUUGUGAUAUUUUUAAAAAAUAACUUUUUCAAAGAAUGUAUAAGCUGCAUAUAUAACUCAGGAGAUUCCAUGUCUUUCUCAUAUUUCAGAGGAAAGAUUAUAAAAUAUAAAAUUUCUUAGAGAAUACCUCUUUGUCAGAGAUAAACAAGAACAGAUACUCUAAACUUAUGUGAACAAUUUUGAGUUUAUGAAUUCUAGAAACUAAAAUCAAGAAUACAGAAAAAUAAAAAUAACAUUUUACUUCUGCACUUCUAUGUUUGGGAAACAUUGCUCUGCUAAAAAAUAGUUGUCAUUGUGCAGUAUGUAUAUUCAAAUAUGAGAUAAGACUAUGUACAGGUCCACUUUUGUUAAUAAACUCAAUGUUGAAUACUUUUGGAUGUUAAAUUUAUUGGAAAAACAAACCAUUUGUAACCUCAGUUAACUUUAACAACAAGCAUUCUGAGCAAA